AUGGAGACCAGUGAGACCAGAGAGACCAGUGAAACCAGUGAGACCACCGAAACCAGUGAAACCAGUGAGACCAGUGAAACCAGUGAAACCACUGAGACCAUGGAGACCAGUGAGACCAGAGAGACCAGUGAAACCAGUGAGACCAGUGAAACCAGUGAAACCACUGAGACCAUGGAGACCAGUGAGACCAGAGAGACCAGUGAAACCAGUGAGACCAAGACCAGGGAGACCACUGAGAUCAGGGAGACCAGAGAGACCAGUGAGAUCAGGGAGACCAGAGAGACCAGUGAAACCGGUGAAACCAGUGAGACCAGUGAAACCAGUGAGACCUCUGAGACCAUUGAGACCAGUGAAACCACUGAGACCAUGGAGACCAGUGAGACCAGUGAAACCAGUGAGACCACUGAAACCAGUGAAACCGGUGAGACCAGUGAAACCAGUGAAACCACUGAGACCACUGAGACCAUGGAGACCAUGGAGACCAGUGAGACCAGAGAGACCAGAGAGACCAGUGAAACCAGUGAGACCACUGAAACCAGUGAAACCAGAGAGACCAGUGAGAUCAGCGAGAUCAGGGAGACCAGUGAGAUUAGGGAGACCAGAGAGACCAGUGAGGCUGACGGAGGAAAACCAGCAGCAGGAGAGAGGCUGAGUCCGUGUUUGUCCGACAGGUGGAGCCGGAGCUGA